GUUCAUUUGUCUUUUCCAUAUCAAUGCCUACACAUAGCUAAAUCCAGAGGUGUUUCUGUAUACACGGAAUUUCACACAUCGCGAGGUUAGAGUUUUCUAACAGCAUGUGUAAGAUAGCAUGGUGUUUGAUGGUUCUGGCCACAUGUUGGCAUAGAGGCCAUGCUGAAGAGGGGAAAAAUCUGCAGAGUCUUGGACACAUAUCCAUGGUGAUUGUGGGUGGCACUGGUGACCUUGCCAAAAAAUACCUCUGGCAGGGGUUUUUCCACCUUUAUGCCACUGAGGUAGCCAAAAGCUAUACCUUCUCUUUCUAUGGCGGGGGCCUUGUGUCAGCUGAGAAAGGCACGCCGCUGCUGUUUGGGAUACUAAAGGGACUGACCUGCCCGCCGGAGCUGACGGCGGAACGCUGUGCGCUGGUUAAAGACCAGUUCCUGCGCCUGUCCCAGUACGUCCAGGUGAAGACCAGCGAAGACUAUGGGAGGCUCAGUCAGCAGAUACAACAGCAGCUGGAGCAGGAGGGCCUGGCGGAGGCGGGCCGGCUCUUUUAUAUGUCUAUCCCAGCGUUUGCCUACGCCGACGUUGCAGAGAAGAUAAACAGCAGCUGUCGGCCCUCAGCUGGGGCGUGGCUCAGGGUGGUGCUGGAGAAACCAUUCGGCCAUGAUUUGGGUAGCGCUCAGAUCCUCGCCACACAGCUGGGUGCAUUUCUACUCGAAGAGGAGAUGUACAGGAUUGACCACUACUUAGGGAAACAGGUUGUCUCACAGAUAUUACCCUUUAGGAAAAAGAAUAAUAAAUUUCUGGAGCCAAUAUGGAACAAGCAUCACAUUGAGAGAAUUGAGAUUGUGCUGAAGGAAACUCUGGAUUGCAAAGGCCGAAUUCAGUUUUAUGACCAAUAUGGUGUCAUCAGAGACAUCCUCCAGAACCACCUUACAGAGAUCAUGACCCUUACAAUGAUGAACAUACCUGCUAACCUUUCCAACAGUAAAGAGAUCCUGCAGAACAAGCUACAGGUUCUCAGUGGCCUGGAGCAGCUUGACAAGAGCAGUGUGGUUAUAGGUCAAUACCAGGGUUACACUGCAGAAGUUCAGGAAGAACUCAAUAAAACAAAGGAUUACUUCAGUCUUACACCUACUUUUGCUGGUGUGGUCAUUUUUACCAGCAAUCCCCUGUAUGAUGGCAUCCCUAUAUUUAUGACUUCGGGUAAGAUGCUUGAUGAACGUGUCGGCUAUGUUCGUGUUCUUUUCAAAAACAACAUGUUUUGCAUUCAGGACUACAACAGUGUCCAAUGUAAACCCCAACAGAUUAUAUUCUAUCUGGGUCAUGGAGGGCUCCAAUACCCAGCAAUUCUUGUUAGCAAAAAUUUGUUUAAGCCAGCUUUGGUGAACAGUGGUUGGAAAGAGGUUACAGAGCGCAAAGACAUCAGUAUUCUGGGGUUAGCACUCUCCGACUAUCACAUCCAGACACCAGCAGAGCCCAGAGAGGCUUAUUAUGAGCUCAUCUCUAAGGUCCUCCAUGGCCGUAGGCACAGCUUUGUCAGUACCGAGAACCUCAUGGCCUCAUGGGCUUUUUGGACACCGCUGUUGGACAGCUUGGCUCAUACCUUCCCUCGGCCGUACCCAGGUGGCAAGGCCAACAGUGAUUUGCUGAACUUCCAUCUGCAUAGUCGGCAGGUCACUUUUGUUAGCGAAGCACUGGUGAACGUGAUCCAGCAAGGCCAAGAGGAGAACUUCCAGGUCAUGCAAGGGAAGUACCGUAGCGCUGAAAUGGUGUCAGCUUGGGCAAAGGAGCUGGUGGUGCGUUUGGCCUCCGACUUGCAGGGUGCGGCAGAAGAGGCUCUCCAGAAUCACGGUCAGUUCCACCUGGCGCUAUCGGGUGGCUCCAGCCCCAUAGCGCUUUUUCUUCAGCUUGCUCUGCAUCAGUACACCUUUCCAUGGAGCAGCACUCACGUGUGGCUGGCAGACGAGCGGUGUGUGCCACCCACGGAGGUGGACUCCAACUUCCGCUCCAUUCAUGACCAGCUGCUUCACAACAUACGAAUCCCUUACUUCAACAUCCACCCCAUGCCAGUGCAACUCAACGAACGCUUGUGUGUGGAAGAAGAUGGUGGGGCACUUCUCUAUGAGAAUGAAAUCAAGCGGCACAUCAAUGCCUCCAGCUUCCAUUACAUAUUGCUUGGGGUAGGGCAGGACGGCCACACAGCCUCGCUCUUCCAAGACAGCAAGUUGGAUGACCAUGGGGAAACAUUAGUCACACUCACCGAAAGUCCAGUCAAACCCCACCGGAGGAUGAGCCUUACAUUCACUGCCAUCAACAAAGCUCACAGGGUAGGGGUGCUAGUGAUGGGGAAGAGAAAGCAUGAGCUCAUCACUCAGCUAAGCCGAAUCAAGGGUGAAUCAUACAAGUACCCAAUCACGAAAGUACAGCCAACUAAUGGAAAUCUAACAUGGUAUAUAGACUACGAUGCUCUGUUAGGAUAAUAGCUAGUUUGGUGGGUAGACGAUCAGUAAGGGCACUUGAGUUUUAGUUGAAACAUAUGUUGUAUGUUUCAGGUUUUAUAGAAGAUUUUUAAAACUUUCUCUGCCUCAUCUGAAAUUAAUGAAUUACUUUAGGUCAGACAUUGUUUGGAUUACUGUGAAUGUGUGUCUGUAUGGGGAAAAAGUUUGUUUUUCUAGCCCUUUUUCGUGUUUGAAUAACUACAUUCACUGAAUGAUGACUCCGUCUGAUCAUACUGAACCUCACUGGCAAUAAUCUCAGGAAUAGCAUUGUAAUAAAAUACUUGGUAUGAGAAGAAUUACAAGUACAGUUUACAUUCAUUUUAGUGUUUGUGAUGUAAUUACUAGGGUUUUUUUAGGGGGGGGGGGGUAAAAAAAUAGCAAGAAUUUAAGUGGUAAAUGGUAAAAUUCUGUGGACAAGUGAGAAUAAACUUCGACCUUUUGCGAUUCAAUAGGAAAAAUAUGCUACUCAUUGUGAAUAGAAAUAUUGAAAUGAGAUUGUUGUAUCACAUUACUUUUCAUGCACUUUUCUCAAAUCGGAGUUAGAUUGGAAGUAAUAAAUUUAAGUAAUUUUCAUAAUGUAGUUUUCAUAUAGUAAAAGCGCUAAAUGUUUGAAAGCUCAAAUUUAUGAAUCAAAAUGCAGUGAUGGGUUUAGUAAUUGCUUUAUGGAUACAGGUUUAUUCUAAGACCUAAUAACAGGAUCAGUGUUAUGACUAAAGUAAAUUCUUAAAAUGUUUCUGGAAACUUCAGCUCUACAGGAAUAUUGUGCCAUAAGGGGACAGACAUUUGGGUUAGAAUCUGAAUUAUGGAAGUAUCAAUAUAAUGCUCAAGCAACAGUUACUCUAUACAUUAGUGCAGCACAUAUGAGUUGUAUUUUGCCUAAGUGGUUUCCAUUUUUGUAUACGUGUUGAUAUUUUGUGGUCCAAGGGUCUACGUUUUUACAUUUUUACAUAAAGGUAAUGAGGGUGCAUCAUGGAAUGAAUUUAUCUUUAACAUAAUAUUUAACAUAAUUAGGUUAGUUGUAUAGAGACAGAUUUUUAAUCACCAGAUGUUCAAAUUUUCUUUCCCUAAAUGUUGUUCAUGGCACAGAAAGCACCUGCAUUAAGAGCAAAAACUGCAAUAAAGUCAUCAUUUGAGUGUUGUAAUUUCCUGCCCAUUAAUAUUUGAGCCUUAUGGAAAGUUUUUUUAGCUUUUUUUUCAUCAUCAAUUUGCACUCUGUGACAAUUCAUAGACUAUCAUAUAUAUGAACCUCUAUUACUUCAAGAGCCUAUGACUCAAUGCUUUUCUGAAUAGGAUGUGAUUAAAUUCUCAUUUCACCUUCUAAUUUAGCAAAUAUGUUUCAUUAUGUAUUUAACAUGCAAUAUGCAUAAAUUACAAAUCCAUGACAAAAGUAAGAGACAAUACAAUAAAAUGCUUCAUAGAUGCUA